UUAAAUUCUGUGGUUCUCACUAAAUUAUCGAAUAUCAAUUAAGUUUGCCUGAAAAGUGUCUGUUCUUAGUCCUUUUCUUUGCUGCCAGCUAAUCCCGCAGACAUAGCAACUAAGCAGGCUAAAUUUCAGGGACACAAUGAGGGUAAUAGUUGUUACAAGGGCACACCAAUUUGUGAUUGAAGUGGGUUUCCAGGAACCUGUUCUUGAAAUCAAAAGGAAGAUAGAACAACUCUUUGGUGUCCCUGUGGCUUCCCAAACUCUCUCAGUAUCAGGAUGGGAAUUGGUGGAUGGACUUGACAUGGAAGACUAUCCAAUUGUCACUGAAGGUACUAAAAUUGAUCUCACCAUCAAAUACCUCCUUAUGCUGCCUCCACUAAACCAUUGCAAUAGAAUCCAAAUUGUAGUGAAAUUUCCGGCUCGGCAGUUAAACAUAGAGGUAGAUGCAACAGAAACAGUGGGUAGUCUUAAAGAGAAAAUUCAUAUCAUGGAUGGAACACCUCUCAAAAGAAUGUCACUUUUCUAUUCUGGGAUGGAGUUGGAAGAUUUCCGCAAUCUAAACGAGUAUGGAGUACGCGAAUUUUCGGAAAUAGUUGUGUUCCUCAAGAGCAUGAAUCGCAUGACUGAUGAACCUCCAUCAACAAGGCUGAGUCUUGUGGUGCAAACUUCUUCUAGUUUGCUUAAUGCAGCUAGAAUUCCUGUGGAAAUGAAGGACUCAUGCACUGUCAAUGAGUUGAGGCAGAUAUUAUUGACCAGAGAAAUUCUUCCUAUUGAUGAUUAUUUGUUCAUCCACAAGCAGAGGAUAAUGCGUGACAAUUGCAGCCUCCGGUGGCAUGGUGUUGAGAAUGGGGACUGUCUCUAUGUAUUUAAAGGGACUGUUAGUCGAAGUGGAAGCUAGCUGAGAUCGAUGCUGCAUAUAUGUUUCUAUGCCAUGCAUUGCUAGAACCUGAAUUUAAACCAGAAUAAAUGUGAUCGAUUGAGGAAUUUACUAGAGACAGGCUAGCUAAAUUGCUUGAGAUAAAAGAGCAUUUUCUUAAACUUUAUUUGGAUGAUAUUAAUGUCAAAAUAAUUAUUGAGUUAAAAGGCAUUUUAUGACAA